AUGGGUCUUACAGACAAGUUCAGGCCAAAGGCUGUCGCCGCCAAGGUUCAAGAUGUCGAAGUUGCUCAGGCUGAGGCCCCUCACCUGGAGCGCGUGAACUGGAGGUCCGACCCUGGUCUGAGGAAGCUCUACUUCUACGCUUUCAUCAUCUGUAUCGCAUCUGCCACUACCGGUUACGAUGGAUCCAUGUUGAACAACUUGCGUAUUCUUGACUACUGGAAGGACUACUUCGGCAACCCACAGGAGUCCACUCUCGGUCUCUUGACUGCUCUCUACUCCAUCGGUUCAAUUGCCUCGCUUCCAGUCACUCCCUUUAUCGCCGAUCACUUUGGUCGCAAGAUCUGUAUCGUCCUAGGAUGUCUUAUCAUGAUCGUCGGUGCCGGAAUCCAAGCUGGUGCGAAGAACCUCGAUUACUUCAUGGGUGGACGUUUCCUCAUGGGUUUCGGAAACUCUCUGGCUCAACUGUCUUCCCCUUUGCUCCUUACCGAAAUUUGCCAUCCUCAGCACCGUGCUCGUGUCACUGCCGUCUACAACUGUCUGUGGAACGUCGGUGCCAUUGUCUGCACCUGGUUGACAUUCGGUACCAAGCGCAUUGAUAGCGACUGGUGUUGGAGAAUCCCUGCCCUUACCCAGGCCGCACCCUCCGUUAUCCAGCUGGCUUUCAUCUGGUUCAUUCCUGAGUCACCUCGUUGGUUGAUCUCCAAGGAGAGGAACGAGGAGGCUCUUCAGAUGCUUGGAAAGUACCACGCAAACGGCAACAUCAACCACCCUACCGUGCAAUUCGAAUACGCCGAGAUCAAGGAGACUCUGCGCCUCGAGUUCCAGUACCAGAAGACCUCAUCUUACCUCGACUUCUUCAAGACCAAGGGCAACAGGUACAGGCUCAUGCUCCUCGCGUCUCUUGGUCUGUUCUCCCAGUGGUCUGGCAACGGUCUUACUUCCUACUACGCUACCGAUGUCUACAACUCCAUUGGCAUAACCGAUGGUGACACUCAGCUCGGUCUUAACGGUGGUCUUACCAUCUUGUCCCUCAUCGUCUCCGUUUCUUGCGCGCUAUUGUGUGACCGCGUCGGUCGCCGACCUCUCUUCAUCGCUGCUACCGCAUCUAUGUGUGUGUGCUUCGUUAUCUGGACCAUCUGCUCCUCCCAGGAGCAGGAGAAGGGUAGCAAGGCCGCCGGUCAGGGUGUCAUUGCCAUGAUCUGGAUCUUCUCCGUUGCUUACGCUCUGGCUUGGUCUGGUCUGCUUGUCGCCUACACUGUCGAGAUUUUGCCCUUCAAGAUUCGUGCCAAGGGUCUCAUGAUCAUGAACUUCUUUAUCCAGGUUGCUCUUACCAUCAACCAAUACGUCAACCCUCUGGGAUUCGCUCAUCUUACCCCCAACUGGAAGUUCUACACCAUCUACGCUUGCUGGAUCUUCCUCGAACUUAUCUUCGUCACUGUCUUCUACGUUGAGACCAGGGGCCCCACUCUCGAGGAGAUCGCUAAGAUCUUCGACGGUGAUGAGGCUGAGGUUGGUAACGUCGAUCUCGAGACUGUUGAGGCCAACAUCAUGACCUCUGGCUACGAGAAGGAGGGUAAUGUCAAGGUCGAGCACGUUAACCACGCACACUAGACGAGUGAUUGGGUAGUCGGACGAUGUCAUGUAAUAGAUGAUAGUAUGCGUUAUGGUGGUAGUGUCUUCGAUGCUUAUGCAGCUACUUGCUCAAUAAUUCUUAACUCC